AAAACUGCUCUGAAGGUUUAUCCUGUAAUUGUGAGUUAUAACUGCAGGGAUUGUCUUGUGUGUCUUGACACUGUAUUUAUUCACUUACAUGUUUGUUGCAGCACUAUGGCUAGUAUAAAGACAGAAGAUGAAAUAAUCCUCUUUGAAAGAGAAAUGAAAGAGUUUUGGACCAAAUUAAAAAACGUUUAUGGCACUGAACAGAUCAAUCAGACUUUAGCACUGAGAGAUUCAUGCAAGGAGUCCGUAAAAGCGCUUUCAGAGAAAUGGUCCAAGAAGCUGAAAGAAGGGGACCUGAUGAUUGAUAAAAUUCAGGAGUAUAGCAAUGAGAUUCUCCAGCAGAGCCAACGCAUACCAGAAAAUCAAAGGCAUUUGACAGAAAUAAAAUCUAACCUAAAUCAAGAAGAGGAUCAAAAGAAGGACUUGACUGACAGCAUCCAAGAGCUUAAAGAAGAGUUGAUGAAGAAAAAGGAAAUAAUAUCUUCUAAAAACAAAGCCUCUAAGGAGAGAGUGGAACGACUAUGCAAGUCUAAAGUAUUGUUUGAAGAGCGGCUUGGACUGGAGAUACGCAGAAUUCAUAAUGAACAAUUACAGUUUAUAUUCAGACACAUUGACCACAAAGAUCCUGACAAGCCAUAUGUGUUUACCCUUUCCAUAAAUGAACAGGGAGAUUAUGAAGUGACUUCCUGUACUCCUCCUCUGGACUGUAUAGCAGAGUUCCAGCUCAAAGUGAGAGAAACUAACAACUUUUCUGCAUUUGUUGCCAACAUCAGAAAAGCUUUCACUGCUUUAUCUUAUAAAUAGUCUGCAUAAAACUAGCUUAUACCUCCCUUUCUGGCUGUAGAGCACUUUUUUCUUUCCUUCCUGUAUUGUGAAAGCAUGUAUUUAUCCAUGUCUUACUCUAAUUUCUAAAUAAAGAAAAAUAAGGAAAA